CCGUGCUGUGCGAUGGGAGCUGCUUGCCCUGCCCUGCCUCUGCCAAGGUGCUGUGUCUCAUCUAUAAACUGGGAACGAGAGGGGGUUCUCCCUGCAGCAGUGGCAAGACAGAGAGCACAGGCAGCCAAGGCUAGGAGGUAAGUGUUCCCGGGUGGCUGCAAAGCCUUUCCAUCCCUCCUUGCCCCACACCUUGAGUCUCUGAGGUUCUCUGCUACACAUAAUUGCAGAGACAGUGUGGCAGAAACAGGCAUGGGGUAGCUGAGAUGGUGUUUCCUAAUUGUUAUUUCUAGCUCCUCUGCAGAGGGGUAGGGAAUUAAAUAGCAUACAUAACUGGGAGGUGUCUGAUAAAAGUGAUAAAUCACACUAUGCAAAACCCCUCCCACAAAAUAGUUAGCAAUGAGCAGCUUAUCCUAUCAUUUUCUUCACUGAAAAAGGAGAAUGUCCGGUUUUCAUUCCAACCUUGGAAAGCAGAGUAUUCAUUAGGUGCUGCCUUCCUACUGAAAAUUGAAAUUCUUCAUGGGAAUUUGGUGGGGUUUUGAAAAUAGUGUCCUACCCCAUUUUUCUAUUGAGGACUUUUUGUUUUUUUUCUGAUGGAUACACCAUCCUCUGUGUCUGGUGGAAGCUGAAACUGCUUCCUGAGGCAGAAGAGCUGGUGCCAGCAAGCUGUAGUGCUGUCAAAGUGCACCAGGUUAAUAACUAACUCAGUCAAGCACAGUGUUACCUGAUGAUGCUGGGGUUAAACCAGGGACUGCUCCAGCAAAGACUGAUGAGGGCACUGUGUGGUGGUCCUUGCUCCAGCAAUAUCCAGCCUGAGCUGCCUGGCCAUCAUCCCUUGUUUCACUGCCCAGCAGUAGCAAGAGGGCUUUGGGUCCACCAUCAUCUCUACCCUGUGACCCUCAUGGGGCUAGGUAUCAAGUCAUGGGCUGCUGUCUUUUAAACUAUUUGCAGCCCUGACAUCCCCAGUGGGCUGACUUUGGGAGACAGACAAAAAAGCAGCCUUAAAUCCAAGCUGUGCUAUACCCACAGACCUUCAUCAGACUCCUUAGCCAUGUCAAAGUCAGUAACAUCUUCCCUGGGGAUAGAGGACAGGACUCAGGGGUGCAGAGACUCAGUAGUCCUGGUGUGCAUUUUGUUUUCUUGACUGAGAAAGGCAGGGGCAGGUUUCCAAAGAUAAAAUACAAAUAUUUGCAAGACUGCUAAGCAGGCAUAGUUUAAACACAGCUUGUAAAUAAAUAUUGGCAGUGACCUGUGGCUUGACUACAUACUUUCAAAGAGAGUUUCCAGCACAGCUGUGGGGUUUUGAAAGCAGCUUGGUGAGUGCACUGUAAAAGUGGAUGGAUUUAUUAAAAUAAAAUAAAAUAAAAAAACAGGAGGAAAAUAAGAAAACUAAGAUUUAAACUUGUAAAUGAAGACCCCAGAAUGCUGGUAGAGGGAAUGAAGGUUUGGGGGUGGCAUGUAGAGAAAUUCCCCUAUAGAGGGUAUGUCAGCAGCUGCUACCUGAGAGAGUGGUGACUGUCUGUGGGGUUUCUCCCAGCUUAAGUCCCUGGGACCCCAGCAAAGACAGCAGGGAUGAGAGUGGCGGUGGCAGACGAGGGUGUCAGUGGGCUGACUGCCACUAAGUGUUGCCUGGAUGAGGGGCUGGAUCCCACUUGCUUCGAAUGGAGCCAGGACAACGGGGGGCUCUGGUGCUAUGAGCACAUUGAGGUUGGCCAGCCAAGCCUCUACCCAUCAGUCAUCAGCAACAUCUCAAAGGAGAUGUGAGCAUUUUCCAACUUCCCCUACCCAGAGGACUUUCCAGUGUUCCUACCCAAUGUCCGGCUACUGGACUACCUCCUGUGCUAUGCCGAGCACUUUGGCCUCUGGAAGCGCAUCAAAUUUGAGACAACUGUUGUCAGCAUCCAGAAAUGCCCAGACUUUGCUACCACGGAACAGUGAGAUGUGGUCACAAAGAUGGAAGGAAAGAAGACAUCCGUCUUUGAUGCUGUUAUGGUUUGCAGGGGCAAUUCUAUGAGCAAUUCCCCCCUGCACUGUUUUCCUGGCAUCGAGUGGUUUCAAGGCCAGUCCUUUCCCAGCUGGCAGUACAAGCAUCCUGAUGUGUUUCAGGGAAAGCGAGUCCUUGUGGUUGGCAUGGGCAAUUCAGGAGUGGAUAUUGCAGUGGAGGCCAGUCGUGUAGCCACAAACGUACAACCACCCAGCCACCUCAGGAGUGACCUUUGCACCAGCCAAGGUGCCUGGGUGCUCAGUCGUGUGUUUGACCCUGGCUACCCAUGGGACAUGUUUUUUAACACUCACCUUAUGAGCCUGAUGAGAAACAGCCUCCCCGCACCCCUUUCAUGGGGGUUGAUUAACUACAAGGUGAACCAGCAGUUCAAGCAUGAAAACUAUGGCCUUCAACCAGAGAAGAGCUGCCUGGUGCAUGAGCCUGUGAUCAAGGAUGACCUUCCAAGCUACAUCCUGACAGGGAGGAUCACCAUCAAGCCAAGCAUGAAGGAGUUCAAGGACAACACAGUUGUUUUCUACAAUUGUCCUGAGGAGGAGCCCAUUGAUAUCGUCAUCUUCUGCACAGGCUACAAUGUCUCCUUCCCAUUUCUAGAAGAAGCAGUCGUCAAGGUGGAAAACAAACACGCAUCCCUCUACAAAUAUGUGUUCCCAACCCACCUGCAGAGGCCCACUCUGGUCAUCCUUGGGCUGAUCAAGCCAUUUGGAGCCAUCGUGCUUGUGACAGAGAUGCAAGCACGCUGGGUGACCAGUGUCUUCAAAGGCUUGUGUCAGUUGCCUCCUCAGUCUGUCAUGGAGAAGGAAGUACAUGAGAAGAGCAAAAACCUAUUACAAUGGCUUGGUCUGUCCUUUGCCGAAGUCCUCAAAACCAGUUGCCUGGUCUAUACAGACAAGCCUGCCUCCUCCACUGGUGCCAAGCCCAGCAUGCUGGAGUUGCUCUGCAGAGACACCUGGCUGGCCCUCACUGUUUUCUUUGGCCCCUGCACCCCAUACCAGUACCGGCUGAGGGGUCCCGGGCGCUGGGAGGGGGCGUGCCAGGCUAUCCUCACCCAGUGAGACCAGACCCUGAAGCCCACAAAAACACAAGUCCCUACUGGUAUCUCCAGCCCCUUCCCUUCUCUCCUGACAGUGGUGGGGUUCCUCCUGCUCAUGGAUGUCCUGUUGCUUUGUUUCCAGUAGAUUUUAGGGUCUUGUCUUGUCCCUGGGGAUGUUAUUCCAGGUCAGACAGCCCCACAGUGUGUCAUGGGACAAGGGGAAAGGAAUUUC